AUCUCUCUCUUCUUCCCCAUUCCUUCCAAAAGCAAGCCUACUAAGAAAGCAAAAUUCUGUAGUAAGAAUUGCGUACCAUCUACCUAACACAAUCCAUAGGAUGCAUAGAAUACACCCUACAGAGGGCAAGAUUGAUGUUGGAGAGCUUGCAACGACAAGCAAGAGUCCAUCAGUGUGGACAGUGUGGAAUAAGUCCAGCAUGGCUUUCCCGGGAACUGAUGGGUUCUCGGUUUAUGAUAGCAAUGGAAGACUGGCUUUUAGAGUUGACAACUACUCAAGAAGGCACAACUGCUUCACAGGGGAACUCCUCCUCAUGGAUGGAAAUGGGAGGGCCCUUAUGGCUCUAAGGCCUCAGAUUCUAAGCAUGCAUGGUCGAUGGAGUGGGUUCAAAGGUGAUGAUGGCUUGAAAACGAAGACUAGAUAUCAUGUUUUUUCGAUGAGGCGGCGAUCAAUCUUCCAAAGCGGCGACAAGGCAGAGGUAUUCAUAGGCAGUCCCAAUGAUCAAUCUCCAACACCCACUUUCCAAAUUGAAGGUUACUUCAGGAGAAGAUGUUGCAAGAUCCGGGACAGCAAGGGCAAGGAAGUGGCUCAGAUAUGUCCCAAGAAGGCAAACAACUCAGUCAUGCUCGGCAACGAUGUGUUCAGCCUGGUGAUUCAGCCAGAAGUUGAAUGUGAGCUGAUAAUGGCAUUCCUCAUCAUCAUGGACCGCAUUUGUCAAAAGCCGUUCACACCUUGGAUUUGUCCUUGACAACUGGACGUGGUUUUGGCUUGGAUGCAAGGUUUUACUCCUUGCAUUGAAGGUGUG